GGUUUCGCACCUUCUCGAUCAGUCCUCACGCCAUCCCGCUUGGAGCGUGGCCCAAUCGUACGAAAUCCGAACUGUUUCAUGUGAAAUUCACGUGAAUACAAACGAUCACGAGGAUCAGGGAUAUACAUACGGAGAGAGAGAGAGAGAGAGAGACAGAGAGAGAGAGAGAGAGAGAGAGAGAGAGAGACUCUGGUGGCACGUUGUUUGUUGGCAACGCAACAACGAGGGUUGCGCGCUAGCUAGCUAAGGACAAUGGGCGCCGGCAACUUGAGGUUUGCGGCGGCGCUCCUUGUUCUGGUGGUUACCGCGGCGAGCAGCGGCGCCACCGUCUGCGUGGCACAGCUCCGGCGCGACUACUACGCCGGCGUCUGCCCCAACGUGGAGUCCAUCGUCCGCGACGCCGUGGCCAAGAAGGUCCGGCAGACCUUCAUCACCGUCGGCGCCACCGUGCACCUCUUCUUCCACGACUGCUUCGUCGAGGGGUGCGACGCGUCGGUGAUGGUGGCGUCGAAGGGGAACAGCACGGCGGAGAAGGACCACCCCAACAACCUGUCCCUGGCCGGCGACGGCUUCGACACCGUCAUCAAGGCGAAGGCGGCCGUGGACGCCGUGCGGCAGUGCCGGAACAAAGUGUCCUGCGCCGACAUCCUCACCAUGGCCACCAGAGACGCCAUCGCCCUGGCUGGCGGACCGUCAUACGCGGUGGAGCUGGGGAGGCUGGACGGGCUGAGCUCCACGGCGAGCAGCGUCAACGGCAAGCUGCCGGCUCCCUUCUUCAACCUCGACCAACUCACCAAGAUCUUCGCCACCAACGGACUCUCGCAGGCCGACAUGAUUGUCCUCUCCGCUGCGCACACGGGGGGGCUGGCGCACUGCGGCACCUUCUCCGGCCGGAUCCGCGGGCCGACGGCGCCGGACCCGACGAUGAACCGGAGCUACGCGGCGCGGCUGCAGGCGGAGUGCCCGGCGAACGUGGACCCGCGGGUCGCCGUGUCCAUGGACGCGGUGACGCCGGUGGCCUUCGACAACCAGUUCUUCAAGAACCUGCAGAGCGGGAUGGGCCUGCUCGCCUCCGACCAGGUGCUCUACUCCGACCCGAGGUCCAGACCCACCGUCGACGCGUGGGCUCGGAGAGCCGCCGCCUUCAACCGGGCCUUCGUGGCCGCCAUCACCAAGCUCGGCCGGGUCGGGGUCAAGACGAGGGCCCAAGGCAACAUCCGCCGCAACUGUGCACUGCUCAAUUGAUUUGAAGCUGAACUUAGCUGCUGCUGCUGUCGUUUUCCCUCAACAAAUAAAACAAAAUAAACUGCUGCUGCCGUUCAGCUUUGAAUUAUUUAUUAAUCGA